AUGAAGCACUCAAAAGUCGUUGUUAUUGGCUCCGGGCCCGCUGCGCACACAGCGGCCAUUUAUCUCUCCCGCGCUGAAUUGAAGCCCGUGCUCUAUGAAGGAAUGAUGGCCAACGGCACUGCCGCAGGCGGCCAACUCACCACCACGACAGAUAUCGAGAAUUUCCCCGGCUUUCCAAAUGGCAUUGGCGGCUCCGAACUCAUGGAUAACAUGCGCGCCCAAUCCGUCCGUUUUGGCACAGAGAUCAUCUCUGAAACCGUCUCUCGCGUCGACCUCUCCUGCCGCCCCUUCAAGCUCUGGAAAGAAUUCUCCGAUGGCCCCGACGACGCGCCUGCGCACACGGCAGAUGCGCUAAUUAUAGCCACGGGUGCCAAUGCGCGCCGUCUCGAUUUGCCCGGUGAACAGCAGUAUUGGCAGAAUGGCAUCAGUGCAUGUGCGGUUUGUGACGGAGCCGUGCCUAUUUUUCGGAACAAGCCGUUGUUUGUGAUUGGCGGCGGAGAUUCGGCGGCAGAGGAGGCCAUGUUUCUUACAAAGUAUGGUAGCAAGGUGACGGUGUUGGUGAGACGGGAUAAACUGCGCGCGAGCAAGACGAUGGCGAAGAGGCUGUUGGCCAAUCCUAAGGUUGAGGUGAAGUUCAAUACGGUUGCGGUGGAGGUGCAAGGGGAGCCCGCGCCAAGGGGGCUCAUGACACAUUUGAAGAUUAAGAAUGUGGUGUCCGGAGGUGAGGAAGUUGUACCAGCCAAUGGCCUCUUCUAUGCGGUGGGACAUGAUCCUGCGACAGCGUUGGUGAAGGGACAGAUCGAGACAGAUGCGGAAGGCUAUAUUGUUACGAAGCCAGGGACGAGCUAUACGAGUGUUCCUGGCGUGUUUGCUGCUGGCGAUGUGCAGGAUAGGAGAUAUAGGCAAGCUAUUACAAGUGCCGGAUCUGGUUGCAUCGCUGCGCUCGAAGCUGAAAAGUACAUUGCAGAGUCGGAAGGGGGAGAUGAGCCUCCUCUCGUUGCCACAUCCAUCGAACAAUCUAACCAAGGGGAGAAUGCUCCUCCGACAUUGGAGUAUACAUCCAAUCCCCUACUGUAA